AUGACUGGUCUAUAUCAAAGAUUAUCAGAUGAUGCUAUUGUACAAUUAACUGCUCUAGUUCUAACAAAUAAUAUUUUCUCAUACAAUGGAAAAGUAUAUCGAUUUAUUAAAGGAUCUCCAUUAAAUCUACCAUUAACAGAAUUAUUGGCUAGUAUCUAUUUACAUCAUUGGCAAGUACCUUUAGUUAGAAACAUUCGUAUCAAAGAGGCAUUCUAUGGUCGAUAUAAUGAUAUCGGUUUUCUAACCUGGAAUGCAUCCAUCGAAACAUUACAGAAAAUAUUUGAUGAACUUCAACAAGAACUAGAUUCAAAUCUUCAAAUGACAACAUUUAUUGGUAGUGAUGUUCAUUUUCUUCAUGCAUUUAUUGAAAAUCAAAAAGGUCGCUUAUAUACGAGUGUUUAUCAUGAUUCAAUAAGUCAACCAUUUUUAUUACCUUAUACACAUAGUCAUCCACGAUUAUUUCAUCCACAAUGGUUUCGAGCUGCUCUUAUACGUGCUGGUCAAUAUUGUAGUUCAUUCGAAGAUUUCGAAGAAGAACGACUUUAUCUUGAAUUAACCUUUCUUGCUAAUGGCUAUUCAUUAGAUUUUGUCGAAUAUCAAUUAAGACAAUUCUUUUUACGUUUUAAUUCGAAGUCACAUGAACCAAUGAAUCUCAAUCGAUUCACAUAUCUUUCAAUUCGCCAUGAAUUAUUUCGUUGUAUCGAUCAACAGAGACAUAAUCCGGAAGAAGAACAAGAAUUACAUAAAAAUUAUCAAUUAAUUCAAUUACAUUAUCUUUUCGAUUGGGGUUCAAGAUGUCAAUUCAAUCAAAAAUUUUAUAAACUUUGCUCUGAAAUUCUCGAGCAAGACCUACACUUUAAAGAAAUUCGUUCAAGACGCACCAACACCGAUCGCUCUCACAAAUAUGCUGACACAAAAGAUGAAAACUGUCCAUAUAAUGCUAUACUUCGUAAAUUUCUCACCAUUCUUUCUAAUUCCUCAAAAACACUUCAAACAAUAAACAGUCUUAAUCAACAAAUGCUACUAGCCCGAGGAUAUCAUCUGUUUUCAAGCAAUCAAGUUAGUCAAGCUGCAUUCAUUGAUAAUCAAAAACAACUUGAAACAUGGUAA